ACUCCCCUUCUCUCCACCCCACCCCUUCAUCCCUUCUCCGUCCUUCUUAACUGCCCAUUCCCUGUCAGUUGCAGACCAGGUAAGUCCUCGCUUCAGCAGGCCACGUCAGGGACCCGUAGUGCAUGACCAUACUUACUCGCUCGCAGACAGCAGCGAUGGAUCAGAAAGCAGGCGAGAUUGACGAGGCCUACGAGGCACGGCUGGCGGCCAUCAUGGCCGAAACCAAGCAGCGGGCAGACGCAGCGGCAGCAGCACGGAAGAAGCGGGAGGUAGAGGCAGAGAAACAACGUCUUCUGGCUGAAGAACAGCGGCAGAAGCACGCGGCAGCAACAGCCAAGGCAGCUGAUGAAGAACGUGUGUGGCGACGCGAGACCAUAUUCAGAGAGGAGAAUGCACUUCACGCACAGGCCAAGGAUUGGCAGAGGGAGGCCGAGAGCGGCGAAUCCGUCGACUACGGGAGCAAGGUAUCUCAUCUGCUCAACCGUGUCACGGACCUCCUCGCGACUUGCAUCGCGCAGCAGGAGGAUAUCUACUCUGUUGACCACACCAACAAGGCGUUACAGCAGUCUUUGGACCAGAUGCUCAAGCGCAUUCAGCAGCAAGAGCAACAGGUCGCUAACGCCAAUGCCAGCGCCGACCCCUCCGACCUCGCCGACCUCGUCAACGUCUUGGAGAUAGACGUGGGGACACUCAGGGCCGGGGCGCAACAGCACGUUUGCGCCGCAGCCAGCUCCAGCACGACGCCACGCGAGACCAUUGUCAAGUUUGACGGGGUCCCGAUCUUCUGUGACGCAUCGAAGACGGACCCCAUACAAUGGUGGCGCCAGUUCGACCUCAAACUGGACCUCCACCACGUCGCGGAUCUCACGGCGGCAUGGAAGCAGCGUUUCCAAGUGGAACCGCCGGAACACUGGGCGAUGGACAAGUUGUUGACAUUCACGCAACACAACAUGCCAAGCGGCGACUGGAUAUCUGAGUUCCAACGCCUGGCAAGCACGCCCAAGCUGCCGCUGAAUUUCGACGGCAUCAAGCUUUACUUCAUCAAGAGGUCGUGCCCAGCGCUGCAGAAUGCGUUGACUCAUGUCGCCGAGACCCUCACCACAAGUGAGGAACUCUUCAACAAGGCCGCGCAGAUCAUUGUGACGAAUUUAGCAGCCCGGAAUACGGGCCAUUCGUCCAAUGCCGGCCAGGGCGCGAAUCAGCAUCGGCCGAAAGUGGCCGUGGUCGCAGCAGCAACGCCUAGCGACCCUUCAACUUCAAACGAGGCCGCGACGUCUAACGAGGGAGACAGACUCGCCGCUGCCCAGAAUGGUGGCCGCCCCGCCAAAGGACGAGGACGCGGCAAAACGAAGACAACCACGACUACUUCUUCUGGGCCUGCACAAGCAGCUCUAGCUCAAGGACCUUGGAAAGAGUAUGGUCUGACGGAGCACAGGUAUCGCGAUUCGGCGCACGCGUUCAGCAUUGAGGACUUGGACCCGUUGGCGCCCGAGGAUCUUGCAUGGCUUCCUCUCCCUUCCACCGGCUGCUUACCGGAGCCGCAAUGCGCAACUCUUAGCGCUCAUCUCCAUACAUACCUAGCCUUCUAUGCACCACCAACUUCGUCGACGGAGGACGAGGUCGCGGUGGGGGACAUUCUUGCGUAUGUGAGCAAGGUGGCCCGCGAGUUUCGCACGCAGCGGUACGACGACAACAACGCACCGCUCCUUUAUGUCCGCAUCCAAAUCGGGCAAGCGUCCUGCAACGCUUUGCUGGAUAGCGGCGCGACUCGCAACUUUAUUAGCCAGUCCUUCAUGCAAAGGGUCGGCCUUGGACCACAAGUUCGAAGGAAGGCACACCCUACGACGAUCAAGUUGGCGGACGGUCGAACGCAACAACUCCUUGAUUACUACAUCGAAGCCGUCCCGGUUUAUUUCGCACCUCAUGCAUGCGAACCGGUGACGUUCGACGUCUUGGACACGGACUUCGACAUCAUUUUGGGCAUGCCUUGGCUUGCAAGUGCGGAUCACACGGUCAACUUCCACCGACGGACGCUUACAGUUCGCGACGCGUUCGGCGCCAAAGUAUCAUGUACUAUUCCUCCUCCGCACCCUUCGAUCCGGUGCCAAGUUGUAACAGCCAAGUCUUUUCGGGCCACUUGUGCUUAUGAGCGGACCGAAGAGAUCGACUUAUGUUUUCUUCGAACCAUCGCGGUAGCCGACUCUCCACGUACAGACUUGUCUUCAGACCCCCGGGUGGUGCGGUUGCUCGACGAAUUCGCCGACGUCUUCGAGUCACCUACCGGCAUGGUGCCGGAUCGGCCAAUCUCUCACGAGGUCAUUCUCGAGGCCAAUGCCGUGCCGCCAAAAUGUUGCAUUUACCGCAUGAGCGAGGAGGAACUUACAGUACUCCGCGCGAAGCUCGACGACCUGUUGGACAAAGGUUGGAUCCGGCCUAGCAGCUCACCCUAUGGUGCACCGGUUCUCUUCGUUCGGAAGAAGAACAAGGACCUUCGCCUAUGCAUCGAUUCCCCACAAGCUCAAUGCGCAAACCGUCAAGAGCGAGGGACCUCUUCCUCGUAUUGACGACCUUCUGGAGCGCUUGGGCGGUGCAAAAUUCUUUUCUAAGCUGGAUUUGAAGUCAGGAUAUCAUCAGAUCUC